AUGGAUGAGCAAAUUGCCCGCAUCAUGGUCGGCCUCAAGCAGCUGCCCAUCCGCACGCUGCUGCUAGAGUUCUGGAGAGACUCCAGGAAGCGCAGGGGCCUAUCGGCUGCUCUGCUGGCCGCAUACCUACUCAUCCAAAGGUCCGUUCGGUAUCGACGACUGGGGCGUUUACAAAAGGUGUAUCGCAAGUACACCACUCGAGAAGAGAUGGCUUCGAUGACGGACCAUGAUGCCUGGGAGAUCCAAAAGCAGAUGCUAGCGAUGGAAUUCCCGUCGGCGACGGUCAAGGCCUUGCAGUUUGCCUUGUUCAGGACAUAUGGAAUCCCAACAAUAUCAGCUCUCUUGCUCAAAACAUCCCAGUUCUCAAAUCCGGCGACAUCAUUCAAACGGUAUGCCGACACAGGCGCCCUGAUCGGCCAGUUUAUGGCGUUUGAGCCGUCCUCUGAACGAGCACAAACCGCUAUCGCUCGCACCAAGUUCCUCCAUGUAGGAUACCGGAGCAGCGGAAAGAUUCUCGAGUCUGAUAUGCUGUACACCCUCAGCUUGUUCGCUCUCGAGCCCAUUCGCUUCAUUGAUAUGUUCGAGUGGCGCUCGCUCAGUGACCUGGAGCAGUGCGCCAUCGGCACUUAUUGGAAGAGUCUCGGUGAUGCACUGGAAAUCAGCUUGGCCGACCUUCCUUCAGGCCCCAAUUCAUUCCGUGACGGGCUGCAUUUCCUGGAUGAGCUCCGGGCAUGGAGUCUGAAGUACGAGGAAGACUAUAUGAAGCCCCACCCUUCAAACAAAGAGGUCGCGGACAAGACUAUGGACGUUGUUGUCUAUUCAAUGCCGCGAUUCCUAAAGUCCGCCGGUGUCAACUUUGCGUCUUGCGUGAUGGAUGACCGGUUACGAGAGUCGAUGAUGUAUGAACCACCAUCUGCCACAUACAAGACGAUAUUUUCCUCACUUAUCGCGCUCCGCAAGUUCUAUCUACGCCACCUGGCCCUGCCCCGGGCGAACUUCCAGCGAAUUGAUGUCUUUACCGAUAAGCCAAAUGAGUAUGGACGCUACUACGUAAAGCUCUACGAAGCUAUUCCAUACUACGUGAAGCCGACGAUUUGGAACCGCUGGGGUCCCGCGGCCUGGGUCACCUGGGCAAUGGGGAUGCCCUUACCCGGAGACGAAGACGAUAAGUACUACCCCCGAGGAUUCGAUCUGGAGGAUCUAGGGCCGAAGUAUUUCGAGGGCAAAGGCCGCAAGUCAGUAGCUGCAAUCCGGGAGCAACUGAAACAGGAACGAAGGGGACAAGCGCCCUUUAUCCCUGAGCUUCCCAGCGCCGAGGAUGCGAAGUAUGAAGUAGUUGAUGGCCCAGAACAAGUUUCUGAGGCAUAA